GGACCAGCCCCCCCCCCCGUGACUCCAGCUCCCCACCUCUGCGAUGGGGGCCCCCUUGCCGUGACUCUGCCCCUCCCCCCACACCGUGACUGUAAUUUAUCGGGGGCGAGGGGGAAGCGGGACCACCCCUUCUCCCGUCCGCAUCCCCUGCUGGCUCUGAGCAGGCACGGAGCUCCUACCCGGGCCCCGUGGGUGGGGCACACCCCCUCCCCCAACCCACCAGGCUCCAGAUCCCCCCCUCCCCACCAAAGGUCACAGCCCCCUCCCCGGCAUCUCAGCUCCGGCCUUUCCCAGCCGUAGCCCGGCAGCCCCCCCGCCCCAUGGCGGCCAAGUGGUUCAAGGAGUUCCCCUCCAGUCUGAAGACGGCUUCCGAGCGGGCCAGACCGGGCAGCGGGAGCCUGGGCAAGCUGUGCAGUGCCUCUCGGAAGCCCCUGGGCCCCGCCGAGCCGGGCCCCGGCCCACUGCAGGGCAAAAACCGCAAGAACUCGGCGGCCGAGCUGGGGGGCUGCAGGGCGGCUCCGGGGCCCAGCAAGGACGGUGGCAGCAGGCUGUCCCGGGACAACCUGCAGGGGCUGAUCCAGGCCGCCACGGGCAAGAUGCGCAAGAACUCACGGGCGGAGGGGAGCCCCCAGGAGGGUGCCCCCAAGGGCCCUGGCUGCAGCACCUACAUGAAUCGGCUCAUCAAGGUGGACGCCCAUGAGAAGAAUGGGAAAAGCUACCCCGGCAGCAGCCCCUCGCCGGAGGAGGAGAAGGGCAGGAGUCCCAAGCAGGAGACGCAGGUCAUCAUUCUGGAGGACUACGCCGACCCGUAUGACGCCAAGCGCACCAAGGGCCAGCGGGAGGCGGAGCGGCUGGGGGAGAACGAUGGGUACAUGGAGCCCUACGACGCGCAGCAGAUGAUAACUGAAAUCCGCAGGCGGGGCUCCAAGGACCCUCUGAUCAAAGCCAUCCUGCUGCUGGACGGGCCCGGGGAGCCAGGGGAGGGCGGCACUAGGCCAGACGCAGCGCCCAAGCGGCAGGUCUCCAAGGAGCAGCUGGGGAAGGCCCCGCCGCAGCUCUAUGACACCCCCUAUGAGCCCGGGGAGGCACCGGCCAGCACCCCGCAGGACAGGAAGAUGCGGGCGGUGGACAGCCGGCUCCCGGAGAAUGACGAGCGCCCUGCCACGGAGUACGAGCAGCCCUGGGAGUGGAAGAAGGAGCAGAUAGUGAAGGCUCUGUCAGUCCAGUUUGAGGGAGCGGAGCGGGUGGGCACCCCCAAGGACGAGGCGCUGCGGCAGCACCAUCGCCAGAAGAGCUGGACUCCCAAGACCCUGAAGCCAACGCUCGCAGACCAUGGCGAGGGCGAGCGAGUGGACCCAGCCCUGGCGCUGGAGAAGCAGCCCUGGUAUCAUGGAGCCAUCACCCGGGCUGAGGCCGAGAGCCGACUGCAGCCCUGCAAAGAGGCCGGUUACCUGGUGCGGACCAGCGAGACGGGGAGCGGCAAAUACUCCAUCGCACUCAAGACCAGUCAGGGAUGCGUCCACAUCAUCGUGGCCCAGACCAAGGACAACAAGUACACGCUGAGCCAGACUAGCGGCGUCUUCGGCAGCGUCCCCGAGGUGGUGCAUCACUACUCCGCCGAGAAGCUGCCUUUCAAAGGGGCGGAGCACAUGACCCUGCUGCACCCCGUGCACAGCAAGCUGCAGUAGCAUGGCCACACCCAGCCAGCUGCCUGGGGCUUCGCCACGGACUUUGGGGCAGCCAGGGGCCCGGGCGGGAUCACGUGUGGAGCCAGGUGCAGCGCGGGGGCAGCAGGUGCUCUGGGGCCCCCCCUGGACAGAGUCAAAGACCCCGCUCCCCAGCACAUCUGAUGUUCCAGCCAGAGCGCGGUUGGUGCCCCCGUGGAAGCGGCCGCUCAGCCUGCAGGACACUAGCAGGGGCUGCAAUCUGGGAACGCUCUGCCCCACGGAGAGCCGGAACUGCCAGGCUUUGGUGCCGGUAGGGAUCGCCGGAGUGGAUCGUCCCGCAGGCCAGCCAGGGAGGUGGCCCAGCCUCAGGUGACCCUGCGCUGCCUAGGACUGUCAGUGUGACUCUGGGCAGCAGUGGGCACGGUGCUGAGCAGCUGGUCCUGGUCUCAAUCCCCUUAAGGCCAGAGGGGCCAUUUGGCUCCUCCGGGCUGGCCUGCCUGGCACAGGCCAGAGCUCCUCCCCUGCUGACUCCUGCCUCCCGGGCCAAGCCAGAGCCGCUGUCUAGAGGAGUAAUGUCCCCUUUGGCUUCCUGGGGUCUCUGAUGGUUGUGGGCAGCUGGGGCCCGGCUCCACUGGCACCUUGGCGGCCAUUCUGCUUCCCUAGACUCUCCUGUGCCCCGGGAGGCCCCUUUGCCCCACUGCUCUCUGUCCAGGGCAAGGUGUUUGACUCGACUGCAAGGUGUCUCCCUGCUGGGAGCAUCCUUGUGUCCCUCCGCUGCAAGGUCGUUCCCCCUCCAGGUCUUCUCUCCCCUCCAGUCUGCCCCGCCCCAAGCCAGGGCCAAACUCCUGCAGCCUUCGCUGUCCAGCACUGAGUCUGCAGCCGGCUGCCCCACGGGUUUACGGGAGCUCCCCAGCGAAUUCCCAGCACUGGCGCCGUGUGCUCAGCUUCCCCAGGCGGGCAGGAGGCUUGGCAGGCCAGAUGGACCAGCUCGGCGUAGGGGCAGGAUGUAUCUUUACGUGGCGGCAUGACAAAUGGCAAAGGGAUCCGCUUGGCUUCCUUUUCGCCCAGCCUGAAAUGCAGCUGUUCUGGCCCAGGCCUGUGGGGUGAGGGACAGCCCUAGGGGCGGGGGCCCAGGCCAUGAGAGCCAGCGAUCUGGGAGCUGGCUGGGUAGGAGCCUGGCGGUAGGAGCGGAGGGCAGCUUCUGUAUUCGGGUAGUGCAAGACACACACACACACACACCCCCCCGGCAGGUGGUAACGCCCAUGCCUCCUCGGCAGGCGGUAACGCCCAGCCUCCCCCACUGGCAGCCGGUAAUGCCCAGGCCCUCCCGGCAGGUCUUGCACUAGAUUGCAGGAAGGGCAUUUUUCUGAUGCGCUUUUACGUCCCACUAGGGUAAUUCCGUGGGCCGAGUCCCAGCGCUGAAGGAAGUAACUUCCACUCGGACUGUGGCUCGGCACAGGUCCUCUGUGGGGAAGUCCCCCACGGUUUUCCUCUGGGAGCAGCAUUUGACAGAGGGGUUGUUCCGGGCUGCCCCAUGGGCCUGUUCCCAGGGGCCAACCUGCCCCUGCUUCUGGCAGUGCCCUAACGAGGAUGUGCCUAAUGGAGUGGGGGCACCUGACAGCUCCUGUGGGGCACGACUGACGGGCGGCAGGCAGCGAUCCUGGCACCACCUGUACGCUGCCUUUCUGCCGCUAAAAACAAACUGAUGCGGCAAGUGAUGCCCUGCCCGUAACGGGGCCUGGUCCCGGCAGCCACAAGCCCCGAGAUGGUUCUAGUUUGUUCAGGUGCUUUCCCCAAAGCAGGUUUCCCAGGACCAGGAGUAAACUCCUGGGAGCAGGUGCUGCCGCCGUACGGCGCUGGGCUUCGUUCUACCAGGCCUUGCUGUGGCAAAGCCCCAGGCUGAUCGGUGCAUCGCUGGCCGGGGCUCAGCUUAGCACCUGCUUUGCUGACUUGGUGCCUGGCAGGGGUUUGUUAUGGAGGGGACGGAAACUGCCCCAAAUCCCCCAGUGCCGGCCACCCCCCCCCCUGCUCUGUCCCCUACACAGAGCCAGGGGCUCCCCUGUUCUCUGCAACCUGGGGUGGGCAGAGACCAGAAAGGGGCCGAGUAGUGCUUGGGUCAACACUGCCACCCUGUGGCGAGGACUCUGCAUUACAGGGAGCGGGCAAGGGAGGAAAAUGUUACCCCUAAGUUGCAUGGCCUAAGGAAUUGUUUUUGUCUGGCCCAGCCAAGGGAGCAGCUGGAGCAGUGACAGCAAGGGCCCAGGAGCAGCCCCCUGCCUUCCUCCACCCUCCAGGCCAGAGGGCAGCAGGAGCGUGUUCUUAUGGGAACCUGCUCACUGCUAAGGACCCCCACCCCAGCCUAAGGGGAGGAUCCACAGGACCUGGAAACCAAAUAAUUCUGGGGGACAAUUUCUGAGCUAACCCAGGCAGGUUCUCCCUGCUGGAGCCUGGCCGGAGACAUGGGCCGGCCAGCUGUGGGCGCUACAGGCUGAGGCUUUGUCCUCAAUAUGGCGUUAGUUCUGCUCCACUUACCCUGUGCCAGCCACCUCCAGGCAAUGCACCAACACCCUCACAUCUGGGGUGGGGGGGAGCGACACAUCCAUUAGCUUUGCAGAGAGGACAAGCCCUGCACCCCUCCAAAGGAAUCGAAUCCCCUUCCCAAAGCGAGCCAGGCUGCAGCUUGAUCUAGCAUUGUCCCGGGGGAUUCCAGUUAGCAUGUGCCUGCAGCUCGCGUGCCUCCCCGGGAGCAUCCAGCUGGCCCAAAGGUCUCAGAGACACUCCUGGGUUGGGCAAGUGAUUGGCAGAGCGUCCUGGCAGGUCAUCAUGCUUUGUGUGGGUUGGCAGUUAGCACAGCUGGCUCGAUGGCCAGUGUUUGACCUUUGGUUUUUGGAGACUGUGUCUUUAACCAGCUGCUUGGCUGUAUUAAUUGUUUUUAAAGUAUUUAUGAUGUUGCCCGAGGUAGUUUUAUGGUGUCUUGGAAUGUCAGUGAGAACAGAUAAAAGGCUGCUUGCAGCCAUGGCGCUAGGUGGAAAUAAACUGUCACUUCAAGGAACAGCCUCA